UGACAGGGAGAUUUACUGAACUAGAAUUCACUAGAGGUCUCGAAUAACUGUGACUAUCUGAAAGCGAGGAAGAAAAAAUUAGUGUAUAUAUUUAAGCACGUUGCCAACAUAUUGCCCAUUGUUUAUGCUAUACAACCGCGUAGACCGAAUGGGCGGGAAUUCGACAGGAUGAUUGAGAAGCCUAUUUACUUUGAACAGGUGAAAUCAUGCAUAAUCAAGUUUCAUAAUGAACACCUGGAAGUAGUUACCGAUGAAACUCACUUUUUACAAAAUUUAUGUGAGUCAUUGGAGUCAGUUUUCCGGAUGGGAUUGAAGUGCGGACGUCGCUUGAUGAGACGAAAAGAUUAUUGGGAUUGGAUGAAGAAGGUUCCACAGAUUUGUAAGGAAUACGGAAUUUUCGUCCACCCAAGUUAUCAAGAGGCAGUUAACCAUGUUUUAGAUUGUCGGAAGCUUCCCAUAAACCCUAUUGGCAGGCCUCAAUAUGAUAUUCACUAUGUUGAAGACAUAUCCUUAAUUUCUCUACACGUAGAAAAAUCUCAACCAUUGCUAUACACGUGCUAACACACUUUCGGAACUUAAGCUCUAUAACGUAGCACAAUUAAAUGAAGAGACAGGUUGAUCACUGAUCUUUCUUCAUCGAACCUACGUCGGCACAAUACCAAUAUCGGAGACAUGUAAAAUAUUACCAAUAAAAUCAAACGAAAAGAAGUAAUGAAACUGUCUAAACAAAGCUUGGAAGUUAUGUUCAUAAAUGUCGCAGUAUUACCACUAUUCAAGGACGUGGACGUCUCCUCAUUCGUAUGUUAUUGCACUCUGGAACUAUCGACUUCCCAUUUAAGCUCAUGUCAAGUCAUCCGUAUUUAUCAGCUGAGUUUUAUGAAGAAUCGCAAUCAGUUAUGGGAAAUGAAAUUUUAAUUCAAAUAUUUUGUUCUCUUGUUAGUGAAGUUAGUCGAAUUCCUUUCAGUUUGAAUGUGGCAAAUACAGAAUUCCUUGAUGAAACUUGGUGUCUACCGGCGUUCAAAACAUUCACAUUUGUUCCGUGCAAAAUACUUGGUGCUCGUGUAGAAACAGUAGAUGGUCAUUAUUUGGUUACUGAAGUAGAUCCUGGUGGAGUUGUUGCUGAAGACAAUCAAAUUACUGUUGGCGAUAUAUUGUCUACUAUCAAUCUACGCUCUCUUCAUGAUGGACAACCUGUUCCUGUCGGUGUUACAAAGGCACUGUUGCCUGAUGGACGUAUAUAUCCUCAUUUGAAGCUUCUUCUGGAGGAACAUGGUUAUAUUAAUUUAAUCAUGGAACUUGAGAAGACUGUACAAGUUGAUAGCAGCAAUAAUCAUAUCAAAAAUAGUUUUUUUGAUCAAAAUCCCUGGUGUUGUUUUCGGUACAUUGGUCAGUGUGAAGUAGGCUCAAACGGUGGAGUUAAUAUGAUCAAUCGCUCCAUUAUUUCUGUUUUAAAUAAUGUAAAAAGUUCCGACAGUGAUACUCCAGUGCAUAUUGAAUUAGGAGAAUUAGGCGUAACUGUAUGGAAAAUACAAUGGAAAGAGGAUAAAAUUGAUCGUGCUGAUCAACCUCUACUACGUCAUUCUUAUCCUCAAAUAUCUUCAUGUGGUCGAAGAACUGAUGAGACAAAUUAUUUUGCUUAUAUAGCAGGUGAUGAAUCGUGUACAACAGCAAGUCAUUUUAUUUGUUAUGUAUUUGAAUCAAUUGAUAGAGAAGAGGCGAGAAGGAUUAUAUCUGGUUUAUCACUGGGCUUUGAUAGAACACAUUGGACUCUGUGAUAAUGGAUCUAAAAGUGGAUCUUAUUCACUGCUCCUUCAUGUGAUAAAACUUGCAUUGAUUUAUUUCGUUUAUAUAUUAAAUAAUAUUAUUGGUUUUAAUAUUUUAUUUUUAUUUUGAUUUAGUUCAGUAAUUUUGUCUCAUUUCUAGUGAUCAUUGUGGUUUUUAUCCUUAUUGUUUUCUGUCUCUCUUAUUUCUCUUGUGACGUAUACAUCAUGACAGAUAAUAUUCUGUAAUACUUUUUCUUUUUCAUUUCCUGAGGGUGAGCAUUGAUCACAGUGUUCAUAAUUCCCUUUUUACUCUUCACUCAAUGGUGUUUGGUUUCUCAUUUGGUUUUACAAAAAAAGGAGUUUUAUGAUUACUUUCUCCUAUUUAUUGAUUUUACAAAAUGCCUACUUAUAUAUAUAUAUAUAUAUAUAUAUAUAUAUUGCUGUUAUACAAGUUAGACCUGCUACUUGUGUUAUGUAAAUUUCGCCUACUCUUUCUUAUCCUCCGAAUACUUUUAAUUAAUUUGAAUGGUUUUACAUAUAUAUGUUUUUAAACGUUUUGUCUAGAAUUGUUUAUGCAUUUUACUGUGAUUUGUGUGUUCUGUUUUAUUCGACUGUAUUUACUUAUUACUAAAUUUUUUAUAUGGGUGUGAAAGAUAUUAAUGAAAGCAAACCUGUACACACUGGUGUUGGUAUAUGUUGUAUAGGUAGGUAAUUGACCUGAAUUUUCAAUUGUUUGUGUGUUUAACCGGCUUAACAUAACAUAUAUACAACAUAUUUUCUUCUACAAUUAGUUGUCUUCUACAGGCGGGAUUCUAUUUCUCCUGACUUUUGAGAUCUUUUUGAGUUAAAGGGUCAUUUUGAAGUAUAGAUUUUCCCGCUCCC